CAGGGGAGGAGCGAGGGGAGCUGGGGCGCCGCGGCGGCCCCGGGCGGUAUGUGAACGCUGCGACGCCCGGCGCCCCGCUCGCUCGGACGCGGGCUGUGACAGCGGCGCCGCGUGUGGUGGCUGCCAGUGCGUCGGCGACGCGGCUGUGGAGACUCCGACGGGCUGAGCCAGGGAAGGGCGGCUCUGCCGGGAGCACGAAAGGCGCGGGGCCGCAGUCGGGGACGUCGGAGACACCAGGGACCCGCCAGCGCGCUCGCGGACUCACCUCCCGCGGCAGCCCCUCAGGACUCGUCAGCCCCGCCAGCCCGGAGGAGGCGGGAUGGACUCCGGGCCGCGGGGGCUGCCGGGAGCCUUGUUGCCUGGGCAACGGGUUGGGCCUCGGCGAGCCGCCGCGACUCCGCGGAGAGCUAGAGCGGCCGAGCCACAAGUGUCGGCGGACCCGUGGAGCGGAAGUGACGACACUUCCUCGGCCUGGGGGCGGGGCUUCGGGUCUCGGUGCUGAGGUCUACCUGUGGACUUCAUGGAAGAGAAGACUCUUGGGAUUGCAACACCCAGAAAACCUGUCUUAUCUGUCAGUGCAAGAAAAAUUAAGGACAAUGCAGCUGAUUGGCAUAACUUAAUCCUGAAAUGGGAAAGCCUCAGUGAUGCCGGCUUUACUACCGCAAGCAAUAUUGCCAACCUGAAAGUCAGCUUGUUGAGUAAAGAGAAGGUUGAAUUAGAGAGCAGCAGCCCGGGUUCCAGUGAGAAGGAAGAGAAGACGAAUCUGGACUACCAUAAGGAACUUGAAGCACUGUGUGAGGAGCUGCAGGCCACCUUGGAUGGCUUGACUAAGAUACAAAUGAAAAUGGAAAAGCUGUCUUCAACCACCAAGGGAAUUUGUGAACUAGAAAAUUAUCAUUACAGGGAAGAAAGUAACCGGCCCCUUCUGUUUCACACAUGGCCCACAGCCUUCUUUUAUGAGGUCUCCCACCGGCUCUCCAAUGCAUACAAGAAGGAGCUCCUCCUGAAGCACACCAUCGGUGCAGAGUUGGCCCACACUGCCGACCGCAACCUCAGCCUGACCUACCUGUCUAUGUGGCUGCAUCAGCCGUACAUAGAGAGCGACAGCAAGCUGCAGCUGGAGAGCAUGCUGCUGGAAACAGGGCACCGGGCCCUGUGACUCCCCAGCCACCUUGCCUGUGAGCAGGGCCCCAGGGCCAGCCCCAGGACCUCUCCAGACACGAGCGCUUGUGCAGCUGUCCUCCUCUCUGCCUUGUCCCAGGCUAUCAUGUGGGCACCACCGAGUGAGACAGACAGAAGAGUGGCAGAGGGCCUCAUUCGUGAACUGAGUGUGCUUCACAUAUCACACCUCUGCAGACAACCCUGCUUUCCUAGUUUAAUCUGCACCUACCCACUGUUGUUGUUUGGUUUUUGUGUACUGGGAAUCAAACCCAGAUUUCACACAAGCUGAAUACUUAACCACUGGGCCACAUCCCCAGCCCUGUGCUUAAAAUUUGAAGAGAGCGUUUUAGUUCUGUAAUUAUAAGUUAAGCCCAUAAAUGUUUGAAGUUUAAA